UGACAGGCGGCCCCGGGGGUGGUGGCCGAGGCGGCGGCCCGAGCGCGAUGGCGGGGCUCGUGGCCGAAGUAAACUGGAAGGUCUUGGAGCGGAGAGCCCGGACCAAGCGCUCAGUUUUGAAAAUUGCUAUAGUUUAGCCUGCGACGCUUAUGAUUAGAGUCAACAGUUUGAAAUGGCCAGCUCACCUGAUGCAGUCGUCUCUUCUCCACCAGCUUUCUUAAGGUCUGGGUCCAUUUAUGAACCUCUUAAAAGCAUUAAUCUUCCGAGACCUGGUAAUGAAACUCUGUGGGAUAAAUUGGAUCAUUAUUACAGAAUUGUUAAGUCAACAUUACUACUGUAUCAAAGUCCAACCACGGGUCUCUUUCCUACUAAAACAUGCGGUGAUGAUCAGAAGGCCAAGGUCCAUGACAGUCUGUACUGUGCUGCUGGGGCCUGGGCUUUGGCUCUUGCAUACAGGCGCAUUGAUGAUGACAAGGGAAGGACCCAUGAGCUGGAGCACUCGGCUAUAAAAUGUAUGAGAGGAAUUCUCUACUGCUAUAUGCGUCAGGCCGAUAAGGUCCAGCAGUUUAAGCAGGAUCCACGCCCAACAACGUGUCUUCACUCUGCUUUCAAUGUGCACACAGGAGAUGAGAUCCUUUCCUAUGAGGAAUAUGGUCAUCUUCAGAUAAAUGCAGUGUCACUCUAUCUCCUUUACCUUGUGGAAAUGAUUUCCUCAGGACUCCAGAUUAUCUAUAACACCGAUGAGGUCUCUUUUAUUCAAAACCUUGUAUUUUGUGUAGAAAGAGUUUACCGUGUUCCUGACUUUGGUGUCUGGGAAAGAGGAAGCAAAUAUAAUAAUGGCAGCACAGAGCUACAUUCAAGCUCUGUUGGCUUAGCAAAAGCAGCUUUAGAAGCAAUUAAUGGAUUCAACCUCUUUGGCAACCAGGGCUGUUCCUGGUCAGUGAUAUUUGUGGAUCUCGAUGCCCACAAUCGCAAUAGGCAAACUUUGUGCUCACUGUUACCCAGAGAAUCAAGAUCUCAUAACACAGAUGCUUCCCUACUCCCCUGCAUCAGCUAUCCUGCAUUUGCUUUGGAUGAUGAAGUUCUGUUUAACCAGACACUUGAUAAAGUGGUUAGAAAACUGAAAGGAAAAUACGGAUUUAAGCGUUUCUUGAGAGAUGGGUAUAGAACAUCAUUGGAAGAUCCCAACAGACGCUACUACAAACCAGCUGAAAUUAAGCUAUUUGAUGGCAUUGAAUGUGAAUUUCCCAUAUUUUUCCUUUACAUGAUGAUUGAUGGUGUCUUCAGAGGCAAUCUGAAACAAGUAAAAGAGUAUCAGGAUCUUUUGACUCCAGUGCUUCAUCACACCACAGAAGGUUAUCCCGUCAUACCAAAGUACUAUUAUGUGCCAGCUGACUUUGUAGAAAAUGAGAAAAAAAAGCCUGGUAGUCAGAAACGAUUCCCUAGCAACUGUGGCCGUGAUGGAAAACUGUUUCUUUGGGGACAAGCCCUUUAUGUCAUUGCAAAACUCCUGGCUGAUGAAUUAAUCAGUCCUAAAGACAUUGAUCCCGUUCAUCGUUAUGUCUCACUACAGAAUCAACGUAAUGUGAGCAUGAGGUUUUCCAAUCAGGGCCCACUGGAAAAUGAUUUGGUCGUUUACGUAGCGCUAAUAGCAGAAAGUCAACGCCUUCAAGUUUUUCUCAACACAUACGGUAUUCAGACUCAAACUCCUCAACAGGUAGAACCCAUUCAGAUAUGGGCCCAGCAGGAGCUUGUGAAAGCUUAUUUCCAUCUGGGUAUAAAUGAAAAAUUAGGACUCUCCGGAAGGCCAGAUAGGCCCAUUGGCUGCCUCGGUACAUCAAAGAUUUAUCGCAUUCUAGGAAAGACUGUGGUUUGUUACCCUAUUAUCUUCGACCUAAGUGAUUUCUACAUGUCUCAAGAUGUUUUACUGCUGAUAGAUGACAUAAAGAAUGCACUACAGUUCAUUAAGCAAUACUGGAAAAUGCACGGACGUCCACUUUUCCUUGUCCUCAUCCGGGAAGACAAUAUAAGAGGUAGCCGAUUCAACCCUAUAUUAGAUAUGCUGGCAGCUUUUAAAAAAGGAAUAGUUGGAGGAGUCAAAGUUCAUGUUGACCGUCUACAGACGUUAAUAUCCGGAGCUGUGGUGGAACAACUUGACUUCUUACGAAUCAGUGACACGGAAGAGCUUCCAGAAUUUAAGAGUUUUGAGGAACUACAAGUUCCCAAACAUUCAAAAGUCAAACGACAAAGCAGCACCUCCAAUGCUCCUGAAUGGGAACAGCAGCCAGAUGUCGCCGUUACUGAGUGGAGAAACAAGCCCACCCACGAAAUUAUUCAAAAACUGAAUGACUGUAGUUGCCUGGCUAGCCAAGCCAUCCUGCUGGGUACACUGCUCAAAAGAGAAGGCCCCAACUUCAUCACAAAGGAUGGUACUGUUUCUGAUCACAUUGAGAGAAUCUAUAGAAGAGCUGGCAGCAAAAAACUUUGGUCGGUGGUACGCCAUGCAGCAAGUCUUUUAAGUAAACUAGUGGACAGCCUGGCCCCAUCCAUUACUAAUGUUUUAGUGCAGGGCAAACAGGUAACUCUGGGUGCCUUUGGGCAUGAAGAAGAGGUUAUCUCUAAUCCUUUGUCUCCAAGAGUGAUUAAGAACAUCAUCUAUUACAAGUGUAACACCAAUGAUGAGAGGGAGGCGGUCCUUCAGCAAGAGCUGGUCAUCCACAUUGGCUGGAUCAUCUCCAAUAACCCUGAGUUAUUCAGUGGCAUGCUGAAAAUACGAAUUGGGUGGAUCAUCCAUGCUAUGGAGUAUGAACUACAGAUCCGUGGUGGAAACAAGCCAGCCAGGGACUUAUAUCAGCUCUCACCUAGUGAAGUGAAACAGCUUCUGUUGGAUAUUCUCCAGCCUCAGCAGAGUGGAAGAUGUUGGCUGAACCGGCGUCAGAUCGAUGGGUCUUUGAACAGAACUCCCCCUGGGUUCUAUGACAGAGUGUGGCAGAUCCUGGAGCGCACACCCAACGGCAUCAUUGUAGCCGGGAAGCAUUUGCCACAGCAACCAACCUUGUCAGACAUGACCAUGUAUGAGAUGAAUUUCUCUCUCCUUGUGGAAGACAUAUUGGGAAAUAUUGACCAGCCGAAGUACAGACAGAUCGUUGUGGAGUUACUAAUGGUUGUAUCCAUUGUACUGGAAAGAAACCCUGAGCUAGAAUUUCAAGACAAAGUCGACCUAGACAAACUGGUGAAAGAAGCAUUUCAUGAAUUUCAAAAAGACGAGAGUCGGCUGAAGGAAGUUGAAAAGCAAGAUGACAUGACUUCCUUUUACAACACUCCCCCCCUGGGAAGAAGAGGAACAUGCAGCUAUUUGACAAAGGCGGUGAUGAAUUCGCUGCUGGAAGGAGAAGUCAAGCCGAGCAAUGACGACCCGUGUCUGGUUAGCUAGUGAGGAAGGUGUAAGAGACCCCGUUGAGACACGUUUCCUAGAAAUGUGUUAAGUUUUGUGUUGACGCUUAAUCAAGGCAGCCAUGUAUGUAUGUGUGUGUGUGUGGGCUGAUCAUGCUGAUGUGGGGGUUGCCGUGCCCUUGGCAGAGUUACUGGACCUCUUGCAUGCCAUAGCCAACCUGAUGGUAAGAAAUGCUUUCAAUCAAGUGAAAAAAAGUUCUCAUGAUUACGCCAACUACAGUAAUAAUGAACAAUAGAAGUAGUUUAUGAAUUGAAAGUUCACCACUGCAUGUUUUACGAUCACAUAGCUCAUCAAAAUGAAUCUUUGCACUUUGGACUAAAUUCCCACCUUACUGCCAAUUAAAAUGAAUUUGCCAACUAGGAACGUAUACUGGGAAUGAAAAUAUAUUGAAAGAAUGGUCAGUUUUUGUAACUGGCAUUGUCAUGCCAGGAAAAGAUUAAUAUGCCUCAGAAAAGCAAAAUCAGCCAGCUGAUAUUUUGAUUAUCAAACUGCACUGUUGAUAAUAGUAUACAGAGCUAUUGUACAAUUUUUAACCUUGUAAACAUGAUUGUGGUUUUAUAUUUAUGCUAACUAUAGGGGUUUGAACUAAAAUACAGUGUAAUAUUGUCUAUACCUGAUCAAAUAUUUCCUUUGAGCUCUCAUGUGUAAGAUUGUUCAGCAGCAUGGACUGUUAACCUAGUUUGUACUGGUAAAAACAAAAUUAAGAAUUAAAAGUCAAUAAAUUUUAUUUCUGAAUUAAUGAA